ACCGAUUACUCUUCUUCCCUAUCAAUUUCAUCGAUCAAGGCCAGUGCUGGCGUCUCCGCAACCAUGGCGGCUGGAUUGAAGACCAUCAUCGCGCUUUCAUUUGUUCUUGCGAUUGGUUUCCUCCUUGUUAUUCUCUCCUCGGCGCUCUGGCACAAGUACUGGCCUCUGUUGGUCGUCGCCAUCUAUGUCAUUGCGCCCCUCCCCAACUGGAUUUGCGGACGAUGCGCAAAUCCUGAUGACUUCAUGGACAGCUCCAGUAACUCAGCGAUGGACUUCGGGCGAUUUUUGACGGGAUUUCUGGUCUUGACGGGCAUUGCACUCCCUGCCGUCCUUGCGCACAGCGGUGCGAUUGAGAUCCCGGCUAUGGUGAUGUCGAUUUUGGGAGGUCUGUUGAUUUACGGAACGAUCAUCAGCUUUUCAGUGUUUUUCCAAGAGCAGGAAGAGUUCUGA